CCCGGUUCAACCGGUUGUAGCCACUAUGAUUGCAUAAAGUCAUGUGAGAAUCACAUUUUUCCUACGCAAAAAAGGCAUUUCAACCAAUCGCAGGUCGCAGUGGGCGGGACUCCCUGUUGAGCAUGCGAUAGUACACUAGUGGGCUACUUCCCUGUCAAAAAGUUUGAGCAAAAUGCCUCAAAAAAUUAUAAGGUUGACGGUCAGCGAUGUCAGAUUUCCAACGUCUUUGGAGCAACAUGGUUCAGACGCAAUGGUACGUGCACCAAUGCAAUGAAUGCUUUCUUGCAGAAGUUGCAGACAAAAGUUAUUGCUGCAGCACUUGCUUUAUUCAUGUCACAUUUUCUCCUACCUAUGGAUCAUAUAGGAAAAUAUUGCACAUUGCAAACAUACAUUUUGCUUCUUUCAGCACACCGACCCGGACUACUCCGUCGCCUAUGUUGUCAUCGAAACUGAUCAAGGAAUGCCAGGAUAUGGGUUGACUUUUACUGUGGGCAGAGGCACAGAAAUUGGUAAUAUUCUUGAUCCAACCUUCACCAUUUGUAUGUAUUUUUUAGUAUUGUAGUUGGUGGGAUUUUCUUUAGUAGCUUAAAUACAUGUUAUUCACAGCGACAUCUUGUGGUAAUGUGUAAACACAAUACAGUCUUUGUAUGCAUAGGUGCAACCAGAACAUAUGCAGGCUGACUUGAUUUUUUUCUCCAGAUCGCUAAAUGAUUAUGCAUUAUAUGCUAGUUGUCCCCAUGUGAACCUAUUUGCCAGUCUGAGGAUAAUACUGUGUACUGUUUUCAAAUGAGUAACUUGUGUCCCUUUAAAAUGUGCAGUUGUGUGUGCUGUGGAAGCCUUGUCAGCCCUAGUUGUGGGGAAAUCUCUAGAGGAGAUUGUGAGUGACUUCCGUGGAUUUUACCGUCUCCUCACCAGCGAUGGGCAGAUGCGAUGGGUGAGUGCACACAGCCACUCCAACACAAACUACCCUAAUCAAUCCAAACUGAGCAACUAACCUUCACUGAAAGAUGUGUGUAAGCAGCUAUUUUCCCCCUGUCUUGUGCCAGAUUGGACCAGAGAAAGGAGUCAUUCAGUUGGCCACUGCGGCGGUCCUGAAUGCAGUAUGGGACCUCUGGGCACGAUCCGAGGGCAAGGUAAGACAUUUCUGCCUCCCAAAUGGAACCCUGUCCCCAAUAUAGUGCACUAGUUUUGACCAGAGCCCACAUUGCCUCCUCACCUAUCGUUGCUGUCUGGACCUCAUAACUCGUUUUAUUUUUUACAUUUAUUAAAAGCAGUAACCCCUCAAUGUACUCUGAACAUAUCAUGGGAAAAUGUAUUCAAAAUAGCUUUAUUUUAUUAUAAUUAUAAUUAUAGUUUUUAUCAGACAGCGACGCUAUGGAUGUUAGUGGACCAGGCAUGCCAAACAAUCCAGCAAGACAUUUCAUAUGUCGAGAUACUGCUGAAAUGACUGUUGUUCUCCUUUUGUCAACAGCCACUGUGGAAGCUGCUUGUUGACAUGGUAAGUUGCUGAUAUGGAGAGCUUUUUAACUCUACUCUUGAGUAAAGCUGCAAACUUAAAGGAGAAGUUUACUUUUGACAAUCAAAUCUGUAUUUUGGAUGUAAAUGGCGUGUUCUAGAAGUGUCAACACAGAGAAACUUACCCAAACCAGCGAUUGACAUCCUCGUUCUGCGGUAUGGGGGCUCGAACAAAACAUGAACAAAAGCUCCAAAUACAUCCUUUUAGAAACGGAAACGCUCUCAGUAUAGUGAUGCAGGUCUUUAGAUGUUGUACAAAUGAAAUUGUCAUUCCGAAUUUUAUCCGCAACGUCAUAUUCCAUUUUGUGCGAUGUUGGAAUAAAGUUCCGGAUAAAGUUCGGAAUGACACAAUGUAAUAUGUACAUCAUCUUACACCAUACCUCCAUAAUGGAGGAUCAAAUUAGCCUUUGGGCAAUGUGCUGUAAUUAGACACAUUUUAGGAUGAAGUACUAUAUGUCUCGUGCCUGUACAUGCUUGUGUUCUUGCCUCAGGACCCCAGAAAGCUCAUCUCAUGCAUUGACUUCAGAUAUAUCACUGAUGCCCUUACUGAACAGGAGGCCCUUGGUAAGUCUUACUGAACACUGUCCAUAGUAUGUGUUCCUCUAUUAGCCUGAAAUGGCCAUCUGCGCUCUUGGUUUGACAGGUUCACAAGGUAGUCUACAAAAACCAAUAGCUAUUAUCUUUGAUCUGUUCUCUCUCUCUCUCUCUCUCAGACAUACUUGUGAAAGCUCAGAUGGGGAAGCAGCAGAGAGGUAGGCACACUUAAAGGGCCUAGGAGACUUUAAUGGCUUUGAUAAGUGGCGUUUAGUGGAUGUAAUUGCUUCUCCAUGAACACAUAGACGUAUGAAGUGCUUACGAUCUCAUAAUAUACUCUGUAUGCAAUUAUAAAAAUGUAUCUUCCUCUAUUGAAAUACUUUAUUGGAAUAUAAAUUGUAUUGAUGUGAAUGUAUGACCUCUCAGUGGACCAGAUGCUGAAGGAGGGUUAUCCUGCCUAUACCACCUCCUGUGCCUGGCUAGGAUACUCCGACCAGCUGCUGAAACAGGUCUCCUCUCAUACACAUGCUGUGCAUUGGUCCGAGUACCAAAUGGCACCCUAGUCCCUAUGUAGGGCACUACGUUUUACCAGGACCCAUAGGGAAACAGUAUCCUGUGGGGUCCUAAAUGAUUGACACCCUUAAUAAAGAUGAGCAAUAAUUACUGUAUAAAAUAAAUAAUUCAAAUACUGAGCUAUAUUGUAUGCAAAAAAAAAGGGGGGGGGGGGAAGAGUUUAAUAAGUAAUACUUUUUUGUUCUCAAAAAGGUAGGGGUCACCCCUAAAGAUUCUUAUGAAUAAAGGAGUCCAAAGUUUACUAUUUGGUCGCAAAUUCCUAGCAUGCAAUGACUACAUCAAGCUUGUGACUCUAUAAACGUGUUGGAUGCAUUAGCAGUUCGUUUCUGUUGUUUCAGAUUAUCUUUUGCCCAAUAGAAAUGAAUGGUAAAUAAUGUAUUGUCAUUUUGGAGUCACUUUUAUUUUAAAUAAGAAGAGAAUGUUUCUAAACACUUCUACAUUAAUGUGGAUGCUACCAUGAUUACAUAUAAUCCUGAAUGAAUCGUGAGAAAGUUAGAGGGUGAAAUAUCAUACCUCCAAGACACGCUAACCUCCCGUUAUUGGUAAUGGUGAGAGGUUAGCAUGUCUUGGGAUGUCAAUAAUUUUGGACCCCACUGUAUGUCAGUCUGUAUAUCUCUCUGUAUCUUACUAUAGCUGUGCACCGAUGCACUAAAUGAUGGAUGGACCAAGUUCAAAGUGAAGGUGGGGGCUGACCUAGAGGAUGACAUUCGCCGGUGCAGUCUCAUACGGCAGAUGAUUGGACCCAACAACACACUGGUAAAUCUGUAAUGCCAUUGGAUGCAGUAAACCUCCUCAUGCACAGGAUUUGAUCAAUUCAUUCUGCAGCCAACUGUCUUCUCUGUUUCAGAUGAUUGAUGCCAACCAAAGGUGGGACGUAGGUGAGGCCAUAACCUGGGUGACCAGGCUGGCUGAGUACAAACCCCUGUGGAUCGAAGAGCCCACCUCCCCUGACGAUAUCCUGGGGCAUGCUGCCAUCUCCAAGGUGAUGAGGGAGAGAGGGAAGGAUCUGAGGCAUGGGCUCUUUCUCGUUUUGUCUUUCUGUGAUUCCUCACAUUCUAUUUCCUCGCCUCCUUUUCAACUUUAUUAGAGAAGGUCCAAGGUCCCUCCCCUUGGACCUUCUUCUCCAAUGGGUUUUGAGAAGGAGGCAAGGAGAUGGGAUGUGAGAAAUUGCAGAAGGACACAUUGAGAAAGAGUCAUGGAUUCAGUAUACAAGGUUAUUCUCCAAGCCUUGAUGCUUGUUUCUGCUUAAGUUUCACAUUUCUGUUCUCCCAUUGCAGGCCUUGGCUCCGCUUGGCAUUGGAGUGGCCACAGGAGAACAGGUUAGGACUGACUGUGUUACUCUGACUCAUUGUGUUGUUCAGUGUUUUACACUAGCGCUAUCAGUAUUUAGUCAGUUUAACUGAUAUGCGAUGAAAAUUGUUCUUGUGGCCACUCCAGUGCCAUAAUAGAGUGAUGUUCAAGCAGUUCCUCCAGGCGUCAGCAUUGCAGUUUGUCCAGAUUGAUAGCUGUAGACUUGGCAGUGUCAACGAGAACCUAGCCGUGCUGCUCAUGGCCCACAAGUUCAAGGGUAAGACAUCAGAGGGUCAUAUUCAUAAAGCAUCUCAGAAUAGGAGUGCUAAUCUAGGAUCAGUUUUGCCUUGUAGAUAAGAUUGUAUGGACGGGGGGACUUGAUCCUAGAUCAGCAGACGCUUGAUGAAUACGGGCCCAGCUGUGUGUGUCUGUGCCCGUGCUAUAUGUUUAUCUUUGAAUCUAUUUCCCCAGUGCCUGUGUGUCCUCAUGCUGGAGGUGUUGGACUGUGUGAGCUGGUUCAGCACCUGAUUCUCUUUGACUACAUCUCUGUGUCUGCCAGUCUUGACAACCGGUGAGUGGACAUGGACAUCCCAGCCCAUCAUUCAAAACCAUUCAAUCUACAAUGACAUAAUAUACAAUAUAACCAUGACCCCCAUAAUUAUUUCAAUUUCAUUUGGUUAUAACUGUAAUUAUUAUUUGACCUGGGGUCAGGUGCUGAAAUAAAAUCUGUUCAUCAUUCUCAGGAUGUGUGAAUUUGUGGACCACCUCCAUGAGCACUUCAAAAGUCCUGUUGUGAUACAGAACGCCCACUACAUGCCUCCCAAGGUACGUUUUAAUCAUAAUGAUCUGGUGUUGUGGUCAUUAAUUGAAAUGCUGUGGAUCUUUAAGUCUUGCCCAUGGUUUCUGUUGGUCAUUGUUCCAUCAGGAUCCAGGCUACUCCUGUGAGAUGUUGCAGUCGUCAGUGCAGAGACACCAGUACCCUCAGGGGCAAGUGUGGAAGAAGCUCCAGGGCCAGUGACGAGUACGGUGUAGUGGAGGAAGCCGGGGCAGUUGAAAAGUUGAUUUUUCAACUAAGCACAGAAAGUUGCCAGACAAGAUUAUUUUCUUAAGUAACCAUUGAAAAAUGCCUAUAUUUGGUUAUCAUUGCACAAAAUAAGAUUAAAUAAUGAUUUCACUUUUGUAUUUUUCUAAAAGGGAUGUUACUAAUGUUUGUGCCAAUAAUCAAGCUUUAACUAAAUGUAUACAUUCUUUAUUUACAAAAUUCCUGUGAUACGAACAACCAUAAAAUACACAUAAUUGAAUCUAAAAAGGCAACGGGUAGACACUGAAUAUUUCAAUCAAAAAGGACAACCUCCACCCAGAUAUUACACUGAACAGAAAUAUAAAACGCAACAUGUAAAGUGUUGGUCCCAUGUUUCAUGAGCUGAAAUAAA